AUGAGUGGGGAAUUAGAUUUCACUCAGGCCUUUGAAGCUCGUUUAUCAAUGAUGAACCUGACUAAGAAGAAACUGGAUGAAUUUAUGGACAAUUACCCAGUUAAACUGACACCGGGAAUUGAAAACCUUAUCCAACAGUUCAAAGAGAAUGGAGUUCAUAUUUAUCUGGUUAGUGGAGGAUUAUAUCCAUUGGUUAGCCGCGUAGCAAAGGUGUUAAAUAUUCCUGAAGAAAAUAUUUACGCAAACAAACUAAUUUUCACUGAUGAAGGCACUUAUAGUGGAUUCGAUCACAGUGAACCAACAAGUCGAUCAAAUGGUAAAUCUUUAGUCGUUGCUGAAUUAAUGAAUAAAUUACAAACAUCAGUUAUGAUUAUUGGUGAUGGGAUGACAGAUGCAAAUGCAUGUCCACCAGCUGAAGUAUUUAUUGGUUUUGGCGUAAAUGUAAUUCGUCCUACUGUACAAAAUAUUUCCACCUAUUUUUGUACAUCUGUAAAUGAAUUAAUUGAAUUGUUAAAGACUAAUAAAAUGUUGAAAUAA